AUGUCCGCGGAAGGCCCCGACUACUACGACCUGGCCGUCGAAAACUAUGAUCUAACGCGCGUCGCACUUCUGCACGGUCCGCCUUCGACCGCCAUCGCGUCUCUUCGUCCGGAGAAACUAUCCAAGCUCAGACUCAUGACCACUGAGUAUCAUAUCUGGGCGUGGCGUCUGCAGCAGAUCUCCCGCAAGAUGGGUGAUAUGGCCGACGCCUCGCCAGUGCGCGGUUUGCGGGGCGAGAUGGACCUCGUUGACUUUGGAUUCAUGAAUUCAUACUAUCCGGGUUUUGUGCACGAGGCGGGCGAGAAAGAUGUCUUGCCCCCGCUGGAGGAGAUCACCAGCCAACACGAUGCAGGCGCUCCUCUGUGUCGGGCCGGGGGGCUUGUGUCGGUGGACAGCCACGCUUGGUGGAACACGCCCACAAUCGAACCCGAGGAACCCGUCGUUCUCGAGGAGGCGGCCAGAGCAGCGGAGUAUCUCCUCCGUGCGCCUCGUCGACUACUCACCGGAUUGACGCCGCUUCAGUGCGCCCCGGAUCCUCACCCUAUAGCCGCCGUUGUCGACGUAUUGGGCGGACUCAAUUGUCUUCAAGACGCGCUGCAAGAUGUGGUGCGUGUGGCAGGGGAAGAUAUCAGGAGGAGGACGGGGGGGAUGAUUUUUGACCGAAUGCAGUUGGGUGGUCGGAGCGGCCUUACACAGGACGAGCUCUGCAUGCUACGAGAUUAUGAGGCAACAAUGAAGACACAAUCGAUCACCAAGGGAUGA